GAGAAGCCCAAGGACGACGGGGAUGUGAAGGAGAAGCCCAAGGCGGCAGAGCCGGCAGAACCGGCGGCGGCAGAGCCGGCGGAGCCUGCGAAACAAGUGACCAUUUGGGAUACCUUCAGGGGAGGUGUCACUUCCACUCCUGUCCUGAUCUUGGUCUUGGCCAUUGGAGCAAACGUCUACAACCGGCGUGACGAAUUGGAGAAAGAUGGUCAAAUUUGGUGGCUCGUUCCGAUCAUGCUGGUGCUUUCCAUGGUCUUGGGUUCCGUGUUGGUCACAAAGGUGGAGAACUCCGAGUGGAGACGGAAUUUGAGAAAAGAGGUCGCGGCUGAGGAGCGCAAGUUCAUGGAGAAGAAAGGCUUGAGCAAGCAGGAAUUGGAUGAGGCGGCCAUAACCAUGGGUAUGCAGCCGGGAAACUUCGGCCAGGGUUGGCGUGCGUCGACCGACUAUUUGCCACUGGAGCAACUCCGAACGGAGUGGGCCUUUAACUAUAUUUUAUGGAGCAUCCGCGACCCCUUUAGCCUUCCUCGAGCGUUGGGCCCACCGCUAUGGCUGAGAGGGCUGCAGAGCAGGCCAGAGCCGGCGCGCAGAUCAGAGGGCACAUUGUCGACCCCGUGGCGCGGCAAAGGUUUGAGGUGUUUGCAUACGGUGUCUACGCCCGAAUCGCUCCCAGACCUUGAUAGUCCUGGAGUGCUCUCGCCGAAGUUCGCACAAGGGGACCUUGUGAGAAUCCGCACCAUCAGCGAGGAAGAGGCCUCCCGAGUAUUCAAGGCGUCUGGCAUCCACUGGAACUCCAGCAAAGCCGCCCUCCUUGGCACGGUGGGCGAGCUCCGAAGCGUGGGUAGCGACUACUAUGCCGUCUAUACGCCAGAUCAGUCGGACUGGUGGCGGUGGCCUCUGGCUAUGCUGGAGAGGGCCGACGGGACAUCGGUCACACGCCCCGGUAGCCGGGAGGGGCCCUUCUGCGAGGGCCAGCUCGUGAAAAUCCUUGAGAUGAGUGAAGAGGAGGCGGAGGGCAUCUGCCUCGCCUGGUCCGCAGCCAUGUCGCCAAUAGCCGACUGGGGCUGGCCAGAGCACGAGGCUUGUGGGCUUUAG